AUGGCAUAUGGCGGCUGGGCCACAACCUUGGUGGACUCUCUGGACACGUUGCUGAUUCUGGGACUGAUGCAGGAGUUCAAGGAUGCGACCAAAGCUUCGACGUCUCUGGACUUCGCUUGGUCACAUGAAGCCGAAAUCAGCACUUUUGGGACCAACAUCCGAUACCUCGGUGCGUUUCUCGCCGCAUACGAUUUGAGCGGAGAUCACGCCUUGUUGUACAAGGCGAUAGAGGUCGGCGAGCUGCUCCUGGCGGCUUUCGAUACUCCAAGUCAUCUGCCUGUUGCAAAGUUCAGGUGGCAAGAGGCAGCAUCGGGAGCAAUUCAGAACACUUCGUUCACGACCAUCGCCGAGCUAGGAUCAUACUCGCUUGAGUUCACGCAUCUGUCCCAAGUGACUGGGGAUAUGCCCUACCAGGAAUGUGGCCGCAAGAUCUUGAUGCUCGUUGCCCUGUCCACAGAAAUGCCUAGUUCGUCAUGCUCCCUAGGUGGCUGCAGUGACUCCGCGUACGAGUACUUGCUGAAGACUCAUCAACUAGUAGGCGGAGCAGUGUCUACAUAUGAGGAGAUGUAUCGUGCCGCCACCGAUGCAAUUGUCGAACACCUCUUAUUUCAACCUGCAACACCUGACAACGAGAGCAUCCUCGCUCUUGGCACAUCGGUUGCUGCCACGGGUACGAGGCCGGUACUAGACCCGAAACUUGAGCAUCUAUCUUGCUUCGCGGGAGGUAUGUUCGCACUGGGAAGUCGCUUGCUUGACGUUCCCGAGCACCUAUCGAUAGCCGAGAAAUUGGCCAACGGAUGUAUCUGGGCGUACAAUGCAUUUCCUCUGGGCGUUAUGCCGGAGACCUCUUAUUUGAUGAUCUGCGACAGACAGCCUUGUGUCUGGGAAGAUCACGAUCAGAACAGCUUCAGGCUUCUGCCCCCUGGUAUACUUGCUGUUACUGACCCUGCAUAUCGAUUGCGGCCAGAGGCUAUCGAGAGCUUGUUCUAUCUGUACCGCAUCACUGGCAACACCGCCUUGCAAGAUGUUGCCUGGGAAAUGUUCCAGCAGAUUAGUCGACUCACUCGCACGGAAUUUGGCAAUGCUGAGCUCGCAGAUGUGACCGUGACAUUUGGGAUGCCAAGAAAGGUGGAUUCGAUGUCAAGGUACGUUGACAUCCUUUCACUUACUUCCAUACUGACGGAGUUGGACAGCUACUGGAUGGCAGAAACGCUGAAGUAUUUCUACCUCAUCUUCAGCGAACCAAGUCUCGGCAAUCUUGACGAAUGGGUCUACAGUACUGAGGGGCACCUUUUCCGGCUGAAAUGUCGCCAGCAUCCUGGUGCUGUUGACAGGUACAUGCAGACAUUCCAGAUGCGCGCCGGCCACCAGUCCCCUUUUUCGGUUGCCGCUCUGGAUUUUUAA